GCCAUGGCCAGGCAACAUCCUCGAGUACGGGUAGUACAGCAGGAUCAGAAAAACUUGCUAAGAAGGACAAGGCCCCGUUGAAAAAGAAAAAUAAGAAAUCUUCACGAGAUUCGAAGAUAGCCGCGGACAGCGUUCCUUCGCCGGAUGAAGAUCAACGUGAACCUUUGUCGCAAUGGGUAGUGAAAGUUCAUAACUAUCUGGUCUGGGGAAAAACUCGUGGAGCAGCUGUAGGUCUCAUGUGUGGCAACGAGGGCUUUCAGGACCAGCAACCGAUGGAUGACGUUGAUAUUCGUGAACCUGAACAGCAGAGAGCGCCAGCACAAAAUGAAGAACUCCGCCAAAGCGGUGCAAAGGAAGACUCAACAACAGAGACCACUGCAGCUGAUGCAGAUGCAAAGAAUCCGGAAGACCGAAGUGAGCCGAAGCCUGUCCUUUACGUUCCAGCUUCGUCGUUUGGAGGUCUUGAUCAAAUUUUCAUCGGGAAAAAAGUGAUCUACCGCGCAAGCCUCAUGGACCCGAAGUGCGGUGUGCAUGCGUACAUAGUGGAGGGUGUCAUUGCACGAAAGAAGUCAGAACAAGCUGGUAGCUCAAAGUUAAGCAGGCAAAAAAUUGACAAUUCUACUCGUACUUCGUAUUUUCUCCAUCUUUUUUACUCCUGAUUUUUUCUUGUUGUUGCUAAGCUGCAGAGUAAACAUUGAUUCUCCUUUCUAGUUCUACGAAAAGGUGCCUUGGCCCUCAAUAGUCGAGACUCAUAGAUGAUGAUGAACUAGGUGCGAGAAAAAAGAGUCCACCAAGCUGCCGCUAAUUACGGACUCAGCAAGUGGAGCGACCAGACCCCGAGUCCUGCUGGGUUUUGGAGAAGGAAACUUGUCAUAUUCUUCAGUACUGAAACUUUCGCCCGUAGUGCCUGCGAUCGAUACGCGGCAUCGAAAACGAGUAAGCCAGAAAGAACGACGCGCGCGCCAAGCAGCAGCGCGAGCGCAAAGGAACCUGCAGCACAGUGGUGUUGAAGGGCAGGAUGAGCAUGAGGCUGAAGAACAAGAUGAGUUGAUGAAUCCACAGGGAAGUGAAGAUAUUUUUGACGUAGAGCGCGCUGUUGAGACAGUGAAACCAGAAAUUAGUCCGGCACAAUGCUGCAGCACGUCAUGCUCGGAAGCUCAGACGACAGGUUGUAACAUAGAGAAAAUCGAGGACGAACGAGUAACAGGUGUUGAAAAGUCACCUCUGCUGUCCCUGCGUGAAAAUCGAAGAACGUCAGGCGAUGCGGUAGUUCCGGUUUCGGAUCAUGAUUAUGAAUGACUAUAAGUUUCCCUGGCCCUCGUCGUGAUCGUCGGGUUUAAUAAUAUGUUCACUGAGUUCGUAAACACCAUCAGACGAUCACCCUCUGUUACGUUCAAGUUGUACUCAAUCGGUUCAGUCUUGGCUCAACAACGACACUCACUCUACGGUGUCGAAGUAUGAUGAAAAAGACGCACUUACCUCCUUAUCCUCUUUGUUCUUUCAUGAUACGAGCACGAGCAGCACAGGCAUCAAGCUACCAAAGCUGAAACGGAACGAAGAGUACGUGGUGGUCAUGCGGUAUGGACAAGCUGACGCUCUAACUGCGUUGCUGCAAAACAGCGAUCAUGGCGAUGAUUACGAUUCGCGAUAAAAAUGUGGGCCCCCUAUCCCUUCAUCAAGAUGAAAAAGUGUAUCCGAACAUCACCAUACUCAAUAAAAGCUUCUUGUCGUACUACCAGCUACAACAAUCAGUACAGCUCAUAACCCCACUGUGAUUUCUUGACGGAUGAAUGCGCUAAGCCAAGCCCGAACGGAAGUCCCUCUUUGGUUUAUUCGUGCCGCCAGACGACAGAUCGGUCCUCGAAAAAUAUUGGGCGCGGUAUUUUGUGGCUCUUCUCGUUUACCUUAUGCGCAAAGGACAAAGAAAAACUUCUUUGUAGUUGGGUUGUCGUUGUACAACUAUGCUAUCUGCGUCACGACGCUUUUGUUGUACCUCGUCGUCGUCUACUUCACUCAAUCAAACUCUACUUGCUUCCGUUUCAAACGCGUUGGCGUUGUCUGCUGUAGUCUUUGUCUUUUUCUGUAAACGGAAGUGGGUUUCUAGCGCUACCCUUCCUCUCGUCCCCUACUAAUAUACUUCUUGGGAAAUUAGACCAGUCGUAUCAGACUACGCAGGCCUCUGCGGAGGCAUGCAGGCAAGAUAGAAUAUGCUUUGAAGCUUUGCAGCAUUUGCAAAACCCCCCUCCACGUGUGAACAAGGGUGGCAAUGCUUGUCCGUACGAUUUCAGUGAGCGUGUGCGUUUCGCGUGGCCAGAGCCUGGGACCGGCGGGGAGACCUUUCCUGCAACGCCUGGUCAGGAAAAUAGCUGGUCAUCGGCUUUCGAGAUCAUGAAAGUGGGUCCACCGUGGCUCUCAUCUUCAUCCACUACCAUGCCAGAAACGGCCGAACCCGAAUACGUGUGCAUACUGCCACAUGCUCCCACUCGCCACUCUUUACCGUUUCUUGCAGGAACAGGAGAACGGCUAGGAUCUUCGACUUCACCUAUACCGACAUCGCAAGAGGCAUCAACGCCAGAGGUUCUUUCCUCGGCUAUUAGUGAUGCAAGAUCCGCAUUGAACAGCAUGGGAGAGGUAAGGGAGAUGCUCCUCAACGGUGCACGCGAAGGCCGUUCUCCGAGGCACCAGAACAAGACGGCUGGUGAGGGUAGCAGACCUUCUUCCAGUGCAUCUAGUGGAGCUAAAGAUGGAAACUCUUUCUCAAAAACGCCUGGAGACGAGCUUCAUCUAGGAUCAGCAUCGAAUCCGGCACUGCUCAAUUAUACGUGUGCAGACUUGGACACUCAAAUGCAGCAGGGCUUUCCAGAAGGUAUGCUUUUCAAGCAAGAGGACGCCUAUGCGCUAGAUGUGCCAUGCCUUCCGCCUUAUACACCUGCGCAUUUUGGAACAAGCCUAGAAGAUGUUAUGAAUAUGAUGCUGGUAGAUAAAGAUUAAUAAAGAAGAUACAACUGCCGUGUCAAUAAAGCUGCUCCUGCGAAAUGGACAAGCUGCGCAUUGCAUGGACAAGCGCCAGGCAUUGCUAUCAGCGGGCUGCCUUUCGGGGGCUGGAUGGCUCGGCCCGCUCGGGGCGGAUCAGCCGGCUGUCGCAGCAUGCCAGCGCAAGGACACGGACCACGCUAGUGCAGUCUCUUCCCCUGGAAGUAGCUGGCGCCGUAAGUGCGGCCUCACAGUUUUGCUGCUGGGUUCGAUCUCGAUGUCACAGAGUUCACACGUCCGCCAGUUCCUCUCGGGGGAGACAUUUGCACUGAGGUGGACGAGGUUGCUGAGCAUGGGGCGGGUCCAGAUUGUGCGCCUGCGGUGCAGGACCCACCGGGCAGGCCAUGGGCGGGGCAGUGGUCCUCGGGAGUGCGUGCGAUCGCGGGCCGUAGGCUGCCUCGGGAACGCCUCGCCGGCGGAUGGGCUUCUUCGUCUACUCGUAAAUGCGACACGUCUGGCGGUCUGGUCGCUUUUCGUGGAGGUUGGCCAAGCUGAGCGGCUUUGUGGCUGUGAGUGUGAGGCAUUGGAGCGCGGCGCACUGAAGUCCAGGCAUGCAGCGCUGCGCAAUGCGGUUUGUCUCUGGCAGUUCUUCGACUUCCGGAAGGAUGAUGGCCGCACUUGAUGCCCGUGCCUGUGCGAGGUGCAAGGGCAGGCCUUUCGGGAACUUGCGCGUUGCCCUCAGGCAUAUGCGGCAAGCAAAGAGGGGGACGGCAAUCGGGUGCGGGUGCCUAGCGAAGCUGCUUGAGCGAGCACAGCGGGAAGUGCAGGAGAGAGCGAAGAAGGCAGGGGAGGGGAAGGACGGUGUGCCGCUGGGGGCCGGGGGCGUGGGUGUAAAAAGAGUGGUAGACAGAAAGGGGGGGUCGACCUAGGAAGCUAGACAGGUUGCUCGUUCGUUUAACAAACUUCGUCAAAAUCGUAGAAAGAGAUUAGUGGCGUUACAGUGAAGCUUCAGAGAAAGUUAUCUUGCAGGUUUCUUACAAACUCUGUAGAAUUUUCUUACAAACUUCUUAGGCGCAAACUCCUUCCAAGUGUCUUAUUAGCUUCGUACAAUUCUUCGCCCUCUCAUUUUCUUACAAACCUCCAAUCUUCUGCUAUAGCAGGUUGCGUCUUUUUUUAGAGGUUGUCUUGCUUAGGACUAGUCGUUCAAGCAAGUAGAUAACGAUUCACUCCAAGUCUUAUCCGAAGGUUUUCAGUAGUUCAAGCUCUCAAAAGAAAAAAGUAAUAAGGUGGACGGAUCUCGGGUCUUGGUCUUAACCGUUUCGUUUCUGUCCACAUGGCUCGAUAUUUAUAAAAUAUAUAGAUCUCAAACUCAAUCGUGCUUGUGCUAAGUAGUGUAGGCCGAUGCUGUUGCUUAAUUGUAGCGUUUGAGUAAGUUUGUUGUUACUUCCAUCCUCAGUUCCGAGUCGCUGUUAGUUUAGUCAAAUAAACUUGCGUGAGUAAUCAUCGUGGCGAAACUAACACUAUGACGCCGUGCGGAAGUCUGCGCUGAAUUCUGUGCGAGAUUAAUUGUAUUGUAUUGCAUUUGCAAGGGCACACUUCUCUACAACUCCAUAGGAGAGUAGAGGACUCAUUGAGUGCAACUUGCGCAAAAAGUUUAAGUUAUUGUUUAGAAGUACAAUGUGAAUGUUGUGGCAGUUUGAAGGUCUCAUCUAAUGUCGCAACAGCAAACAAGGGCGAAACUUCCGAUAUACCAGUCGUGAUGGAUCUCGGUCGCGCACGGGAGUUAGAUCUGCCUUCUGCACGGCGAUUGGUUUCUUGCCUUAGUGAGUCCGUUUGCCCUGAGUCAUGCCUUGCAGAGUACGCGCGAAUCUGGGCAGGCAAGGAUGGCGUUGGACAUGCCUCAGUCGACGACCGAGUUUAAUGAGGUACAAGGAGCGGAAGCACCAUGAUCUACCGUUUUUCUCGUGAACGGAGAGCGUUUUCGUGGUGAUCUCGUCUGAGUUUGUAGAAGAUGUGUUGGCUUCCUCAAAUUUGAGGAAGCCAAAGACGAGCUAAGCUAUUUUAUCGAUCCUGGUAUUUUGCCGAAAUUGAGUUUCUUGAUUCCUGUAUUUACAAAGGUUUUUGAAAACGACAGGUACAUUGUGUUUGUACCCAGUGGAUCUUCUAGGAGGGCUUAGCUUACUGUCAGUGUCAUCCAGACAUAAAUUGUAGAACAAAAAGCAGCAGUUAGUUACAUAAAUAUCGAAACUUUCGCUUCAUCUUGCAUCUUCAAGAAAUGGUGAUGCCAGCUCCUUUUUCACAAUCUUGUAAACGCAAUACACAACCGCAAUUUCUGAAUCAGAAUCAGGCGAUUCAUAUCUUCUUUUGAAAGUUAGAAUUUACUCAUGUUGAUGUUGAUGAUGUAUUUUGGAGGUUUGUUGUUUCAUCUACAACACUGUUCGAUUUUUAUCAUGAUGUGUCUAUGCAGUAGCAAUUUUCGGCAUUAACCUGAAGAUGAGACCGAUUCAAUGUCAAAUAUGUCGAUAUAUUUCAUAAGGAUAUCACUUUCACUGACCUGCGUAUGAAUUUGAUCACGGGUUACAAAUAUAUGCAAAUGCAAAAAGUCCGUCAAUUCCUAGAACAAAUCGAUACUCUUUUAGUUGGUGUCAACCAUGUCCGAUGUUGUAAAGUCUGGCUAUCGCUGUCUGUAAUUGCUGGUAAGUAGUCGAAACUGUAACUUCUGAUCUUGGUAUGGUAGCGUGGUACAGAAAGUGAAGCGCCAUGUCAGUGGAACGGACGGUACGCAAAGCCAAUAAUUGAAUGUCGGUCUCGCACGUCAAUAAAAUAAAAAAAUGAAUCGGACAACAUUAGCACC